AUGGCCAUCUCAGACCAGUACUCAAUCAUGUCACCAAGCGACUCACCAACUACUCAACACUGGGAAGGAAGGCCUGCGCCCGUCAAGGAAAACAUGCGGGGAAAGACCGGUCGUCUAGCACCAAGAUGGGUACAGGACUUACUCAAUUCUGAUCUUGAUUCCGGCUCGUUCGCAAGGAUCGAGUGGGAUCGCGAAGCACGCUGCAGCAACACUGGCGUCCCCAUCGUCUUGUCCUUGUGGGCAACCAGAGCACAGCAGAAGGUCGCAAUCCUGGCGUUCUCUCAUUUUUACCUCCAUCAUCUGGUCAACGUCAAAGAACCGAUCCGGCCCGCUACGUCCGUAUCGGAUUAUCAUCCUAUGAUCAGAGAGGCACUACUUGCGGUCGAACAUUUUGCCUGCUCUGCACCCCGCUGCACGUUCCAAGUAUCUGUUGAGAUCUCACGACCUCGACUGAAGCGUGAAUGGGUGCGUCUACUUCUCGAUAAGCAGCGCAUUCUCGACAACCUGGCCCGAGCCAGAAAGCUCUCGCCGGAGCGUUUUGCGGACGCCAGGGACGAUUGGUCCACCAGCGCCCCGUCCACCUUGAACACGUACCUCAGAGAUUUGCUGGAUAAGCCUAACCCACGCAACAUUUCCCGACGUAACAAGCGUUUUCAGGUUGUGUUCGGCGAUGAAUGCUACGCCAUCUUCAGAGCGAUUCAGUUUACGGAGGAGAAUCUCGAUAAGGACGGCGUCUUCGAACCGUACUUCAUUCCUCCGAUGCUGGAGCCUGGCACCCCGGGCAUACCGACAAAGCUUAGCACGCUGCGCGCCUUCAUCGAGGAUCUCCAAGCUGAGGCGGAGAGUCUCAUCAUCCGAAGUGGGAAGCCUGGCGAGAAUCGGCCUUAUGUCGGCAACAGACUGUUCAAAGAGCUGCAGUGCUUCGAGUAUCCGCAGAACAAUGUUCCACAAUCAGCGAUUGAGGCGCAUCGAGUUCUUGGCGUUCUCCCCGAUUUCGACAAGGCCCUGGUCUUCUUCGCCUACAACCGACAGUCAGCCCUUUGCGAGAAGCGUCGUCAAACCUACGUUGAAGCACUUCGCGAAAUUGCACUUCUUACUGCGGAUGAAGACUUUCAGACCCGUGCGAUACAAGAGCUUACCAUCGUGGAGGGAAUGGACCCUUCGAGCACACAUGGCGCUGGGGACGAGUUGGAAACCCAAGCCUAUUCCUUCUUCAGUCUUAAGUACACUGCCAGCGACGAUAACGUCAUCUCAGCUUACAACACCAAGCUUGAGCACUCUCCUGCUCAAGCGGAUUUUGCACGAGAGAUGCUUCAGAUCAUUGGGCGCCAUAGGGGCAGUGACAGAAUCCUCACGCAUGCGAACGGUCCUAUGGACGUCGCCUCAGCUUAUCGCAUUCUUGAAGCGGACCCACAGUGGCCUGACAAUACCAUCGUCAUGCUGUGUAGUGUUAAGCUUAAUAAGGACCCGAAAAGCAAAGCCACCGCGGAAGUCGCUAUCAAAGCUAUGGAAGCGAUCGCCUCCGAUAGGAACAGCGACGAAAUACGCCAAGCAGUCAAAGCCCUUGAACAAGAGUCGGGCCGCCCGUCUCAGCAAGAGAAAAUCGAAUCAUUGCCCUUAACUAACACGAGCAAUCUCCCCGUCGGUCUGGAAAAUAUCGGUAACACCUGUUACUUGAAUAGCAUUCUUCAAUACCUGAACACUGUCGUUCCCAUCAAAGACUUGCUUGCUCACUACCCUAUGCAUGAGCUUGGCCUGGAUGACUCGGAUAUUCAGCGUCGACUCAUUGGCGGAAACAAGCUAAAAAUCGACCGCGCUGAGGCAGUUGUUGCUCGUGUUUUCGUUGAAGAGCUUGAGCGACUUUUGAACGACCUCGGCGGCUCGCAGGCGCCCGCUAUCCGUCCCUCUCAACGUCUCGCCAAUGCUGUCCUGCUACCUACCUCGAAUCUCACUGAAGAGCCCAUCCCACAACAAAAGACCAAGGAUGCUGCGGAGCUGAGGACACUAGAGGUUAUGGGCGCUCAAUUCCCUGCCCCUCCGCCUUUACCUGCGAGGCCUCCCCCGGGGCCUCCUGCGCAAAAGACGGAGCAAAUAGAGGAUGUUGACAUGGUCAAUGUCACCGUUGAUCCGGUCUCGGAAUCCGCUAGCAGCACCCUGGUCAAUAUGUCUGACGUUGACCAUGAAAAGAGGGAGUACGUGCCCGAGGACAAGACGGACAUCAGAAUUGUCUCCCAGCCGGUUGAGGCAUCAGCGUCAGAACCAGUCACCGACAGCGAUGUCAAAAUGACCGGAGUUGAGACCCCAUCGCUCAACGUCGAGCAACGGGUACUCAAGGCCUUGGAGACCCAGACCAGGACUUCAGGCACGGAACAACAGGACGUCGAGGAGGUGAUGGGCAGCAUCAUAAACCGUCUUCAGGCGGCAAUCAGACCCACAAGGACAGAUGCCGCGGACGGAAUCCAGUGGGAGCCGAUCAUGGAGACGUUCUACGUCGAGUUGACAAACCAUACAAAAUUUCCCAACCAGGACAAGUACAAAUUGGACUCGACGCUGGAGCGUGCAAUUACAGCAUACCCUGCCGAAGCUGGUCCGACUAACAUUCAUGACGGCUUGAGUCGCAACUUCGACCUACAGAGAGUCGUUGCCGGUAAGGAGGACAUCAUGCGCUUUACAUCGAUCAAGAGGCUUCCUCCUAUUCUUCAUGUUCUCAUUCAAAGGACCCAGAACAACGGCAAUAAGAACAUGAAUCCUGUUGAGGUCUUUGAGACAUUAUAUCUCGAUAGAUACAUGGAUACUCCAGAUGAUCCACAGUUCUUUAAGCUGAGGCAGAAAGGAUGGGCUCUCCAACAGCGCUUGGAACAGCUUAACAACAUACCCAAAACCGCAGCUGAUGAUGCAGAGAUUAUCGACAGUUUCGUCAACGACUUCGUCCAUGUCAAUAAGGCGGAGAUCCCGGAGCCCGACUCGCUACUUGGAGGCCUGCCAACUUCUUCUCUUGACUUUGCUGGGGAGGAUUCGUCAUUCCCAACUUACAACCCGUCUGAUAUGUCAUUCAACAAGAGUGAUCCGCCCGACACGGCGGGUUUUACUGCAGAGGGACGCCAGCAGAUCAACAACAUGCGCGUUGAAGAGGUAAAGACAUACAAAGCUGAGCUUGAUCAACUUUUCUCUCACCACAGGAAGCAUGCAUAUCGUCUGCAUGCAGUAAUUUGCCACAGCGGUCAGCUGAGGGCAGGUCACUAUUGGGUGUGGAUUCACGACUUCGAAGCCGGUGUAUGGCGCAAGUACAACGACAGGACCGUGACAGAAACUCCGGAUACCGACGAGGUGCUAAAGACACUCAAUAGCAACGGCGACCCAUACUACCUCUGCUACGUUAAGGAGGGAAGGGAACACGAGCUAGUCAAGGUGCCCAAGCGCAGCUUGCCGCACUCAUCGACCCCAGGUCAAGGGAAUUCAACUGGGGACGCUAUCAAAGGUGGAGCUGAGGAUGCAGACGGGGAUAUCGACCUGAUUGACAUGGGUGGCCCGACCGCGGAUACGCAAUCAGCCUCAAAAACCUCGCCGGCAACAGACGGGCCAUCGACUGACACCGUGGAGCGUAACCAGACAUAG